GUGCAAAAAAAAGCGGCACACAAAAUGAUUGUGUCGUCAACGAAUGGGACGAUGAACAAACAAAUUGCAAUUUGAAAAAUGAAGAAAUAUGUUUUUUUGGAGGGGACCAACAUAGCAAAAUGGAUGAUGCACACGUGCAUGGGAAGUACAAGAGUGUUUCAAAAAGGGAGGGAAGGCAGGGAAGAGGGAAAAAAAUAACCAGCAAUGGUCACCUCGUUAGGGAUGUGAAGCAGAGCGCACACGUGGGGGAUACGCCCAGCCAAAAACUGAGCGAUAAAAAGGAUGGAAGUGCUCAGGCGAACCAUGUGGACAGGGCGAAUAAACCGGUGGAAACUUCGGCCAGUGAACAGGGCCAUGCGAACAGGGAGCAGCAGCAUAGGGGGGCGCUGCACAGGGGGAGGAGAAACCAUUAUAGUGAUGCAAAAUUGGGGAGGGAACAGCCAAAUGGAAAUUAUUACGACAAGUCAGAUUACGUGAAAAGGGAAAGGGUGGUGGACCAUUAUAAAAAGUUAGACGGUGUUUACCCCAGCCAUAGUGGAAGGAGGAGCAAUCGCGGCUACCAUCAAAGGGGAAGCUACCGAAACGAACCCACCGGAAGGGGGACAACGGAUCGGUGGCAUCGUUACUACCCCAAAGAGAGAACUAGCAAGGCGGCGGAAGGGGGCAGGAGAGACCGAAAUGGAAUUACCCCUAACAGCGGUCAUUCGGUUCUCCCACCUUUGAAUAACCCCCCCCAAGGUAGCAACAUGGGCAUGAAGUACCCCAAUGAAGUAGUCCAAAGAGGGGGAAAAGAAAAAACUACCUUUAGUCACUCUGGUGAGCAUGAAAAGGGAAGGCAAACAGAAGUGCGCUCAGUUCAGGUGGACCACUCGGCGGACUCACUCCAAGAGAAUUUUGCACACAGAAAUGAGGUCCCUCCCAGUAAGGGGAAAACGCUCUCCCAGUUGCAUCGGAACGAAAAAUCGGAAGAACACUUUACGAAUGGCCUCCAAGAAACCAGUGAGAGUACCCCCACGGUGGAAAACACUUACUUAAAUGAGUUGAGCCCAAUCAACAUGGCUGCAAAUGGUUGUAGGGGGGCUCUCCUUGAAAGAGAAAUUGAAGGAGACCAAAGUGGCCCCUUUUAUAUUCACCGUGGGGUCAGAAAUAAUGACGUGGUGGAAGUCCCAAGGGAGGAGCCCAACUGGAAAAGCACAAAUAACCAUUUGGAGAAAAAGGUCGGCCCAAAUGAACCCCCCAGUGGAGGAGGUACCAACCAGAAGGAUACCCCACCGAUGGGAGGGAGCCCAAAUGCGAAUGACAAUCUGAGGAAGUUGAAGAGGGAAGAAGAAAAAAAAAAAGUAAUGAACUGGAAGCUGGAGGAGCAAACGCUGCUUGAGGAAGGGCUGAGGGUUUACAAGGACUUAAAAAAUUGCCCCGAAAAAUGGGAAAAGGUUAGCGAAAUUGUGAAGACGAAGGGGCCCGAGGACUGCUUGAAGCGGUUCCUCUACUGCAGGUUCGUCGUUCUGAAGGAAAAGCAAAAGAUGGAGAAGGAGCUGCAGGAACGGCAGCGGGGAGAGCGGGAAGAACCGAGCGAAGUCAAACCGAGCGAACCGAACCAACCGAAUGAGCCGAACGACCCGAACGAGGAAGGCAGCGAGCAGGCGAACGAGGAGCUGGAGCAGGACAUUGACAGCGACGACAUGAACAUCAAUAACAACGCGAACAUAACGGGGAAGAGCCUCGUGCUUGGCAACGUCCACAUCAAAAAUAUAUCCCUCUACAAGGCCGUCCAGUUGAAGCUGCAGCUGCUUUGCACCCGGUGCUGCAACACAUUUGAUGUCACCACGACGAGCAAAGACGCGCCCCAGUUAGUUUGCACCUGCGCGAACUGCAGCAGCAGCGCCGUUGUGGAGGUGUACAGAAAUAUUUGCUUCAUGGAAAACAGCUGCGUGUGCGUUUUGAAGUUUAACCAGUGCUCGCUGAUGGACUUGCUAAGCGGGGAUUACAGCGUGAACUGCGAAAGCUGUGGGAGGAAGAGCAUCCUGAAGAAUGUCACCUCUGGCAAAGAAAUGCACGCCAACUGCCAGAAGUGCUUCACCAAGCUGGAAUUCAAAUACAGCGGCUUCUCCUUUGACGAGAUAGUCAGCGCGAACAAUGCCGCGAUCAAAAAAAUCGACGAAAUGAUAAACAAGCUGUUCACGAAAAAGAAGUCCAGCAAGAAGGCCGUGGCUGCACCGAACAAUUUGAAGAUAGAAAAAUGCAAAAACGUUAUAAAGGUAAAUAAUAUAGAAGUGAAGGAUGGUGCAUGCAAGCAUUUUAAAAAGUCCCAUCGCCUCUUCAAAUUCCCCUGUUGUAACAAGAUAUUUCCGUGCCCCACUUGCCACGAUUUAAAUAGCAACCACGAAUGCGGCAUUGCCAAGCGGGUGAUUUGCGGAUUUUGCUUCCGUGAAUUUGAUGACGACGACGUGUGCGUGUGUCAGCGGGACAAGAAGGCGAAGAAAGGCGGCAACUUCUGGGAGGGAGGAAAAGGAUGCCGCAACGCAGUCGCGCUGAGCAGGAAUGACUCCAAGAAGUACAAGUUGUUGAACCGGCAAACUGUGCAGAAGAAAAAGAAGAAGUAG